GGAUCUGCAAAGUGACUGAAAAGCCCUGCAGCUUCGUAAUUUUUUGCUUUCCUCUCGGGCAUGGCCAAAAGACGACGUCGGUCGUCAGGAGGAAAAGAUGGCAACUGUCAUCACCAGUCUGCGAAGAAAAGAGAAGUCCUUGAAGAUAUUUCUACGGAAAAGACCUCUGCUAAAUCAGACCGUUGUAGUUCCUCCGGUACUGAUACGAAAAGCACCGAUGGCGCUACUACUGUUAAUAAACGAGAUCAUGCAGUAGGUGUUUCAUCACAAGAACUAAGCUCGGUAAUGCAACAAAUCAAACUCAGUUCAUCAGAUCCGCCACCAAAGAACAAGGGGACAAGUGAUGUGUCACGCGCUACACGGAAGGGUAGUAGAGGAAGAAGUUCGAGGAGAUUAAAUAAGAGGAACAGCCACGCCAAGGAGAAUUCUAGUCAGAAACAGUCAACUGCAUCUGAAAAAGACGAUGAGGUUGUACACGAUAGCCAGGAAGCAGUAGAUUCUCCUGCAGAGCCUUCAGAUGAGAAGCUCUUGAAGGAACCCGCAGAGAUACUUGCCCUGUACAAACGCCUCACCGGUAUCGAGCGCAAGCCUCCAGAGAAAGUAGGGGAUCCAUUGCGAAAUGAAUAUCGACAGCUGUUUUGCGUUGGAACCAUAUGUGAGAAUCUGAGUAACAUAAUGACCGCACGACUUGCAUCAGCGGGACAACUUCGGAAGCAGCGUUUAGAUUCUCUAACUCAACUUAAAGCCUUGACUUCACGACUCGAGGAUAUGAACAAUGCUAAUUCGGCGAUAGAAAAGUAUCUUUGUUUUGAUGAUGGUGCUCAACGGGACGCUCUCGAGGUAAUGAACAUCCGAUACGAAGAGUUAUGUGAUGAUAUCUUUGGCGCUGAUGACGAGUUUUUGUCAAUGUUCGAGAAAGAAGCGUCUAAUGCGGAAGAUAAGGAGCGGUCGUUCACUCAACCGGGCGCUUUACAUGCGGGUAUUCAAUCAGACUAUGCCGUUGUUUGCAUGGAAAGUAAAUUAACGGAGGUGGGACUACGUUAUGUGGAUAAAAUGUAUGAACAAAUCAAGCAGAAAAAUGCAGAAGUUGAAAAAUGUCGCUCAUUGAUUGCUCAACAUAACGCCGAUAUCACGAGUAUUACUUCCGAACUCAUCAGUAUCCAUGAAGAACUCGGUAGUUUGGCUUCCGUUGUAGACACAGCCAUAGGCGUAUCUCCUUCUGAAUAUUCAAGAGCUUCUAUGACCAAGACAAGGUCAGCAUAGACUGUAGAUUUGAUUUUGAAUGCCUAGUCAUAAUAAUCUUAUUGUUUGUUACACUCGUAAAUUCGUAGUUCUCUUUGUUGAAAUGCCUCUGCUGUAUCAUAAUAAGCUAUUUGCAAAAUCUGUGAAUUUGAAGUUUGCCCUCUGUAUAUGAAUGUUGUAAGUUCACUGUUCCCUCUUUUACUUUUCUGUUUAUUUGGAAAUGUUCUUGUGCAAGCCUUUGUUAUGCUAACGGGGAAAUGGUCAGAACUUAACCCAGCCAUUCCAAACAAGUUGUACC